AUGUCUCCGCACCGGGUCUUCGGCACCUCAAGACCCCACUCCACCCCGGUCCGGGAGCAGGGAGCCACUGAUACCCCAAACUGCCCCAACUGUCCCCAAUGCUCUUCGUGGGCUGUGAAGGGACCCUACUCUCCCCGUCGCGAUCUGAGAAUGCCACAGAGCUCCGUGAUUGGAUUACAAUCUCCGAACGGCUGUGGAGAUGCCUCCAUGAGAUUCCCCGGACAUGACACCUCGCUCUCGCAUAGCGGGACCAUAGAUCUCGGCACCAAGUCCGGUCCUAUCGCCUCCCCAUUAUGGACUAGUAAAGAAAAGCUAGACUAA